UCCGGAUUACCGCAUGCGACCCUAUGAAAACGCUCAUGUUUGUAAACAGAAGCAAACAGGAUUUUAAAGCAGACUACAAUUAGAACAACAAUUAGAACAAUGGAUGAGGAUAUUAAGAAAGAAGAGGAAACCAGUCCACCACCUCAAGAAGAACUUCCCAAAGAACAAACGGAGGACUUCAGGGUGCCAGGUGAAUUGGACUUCAAGAAACCGGUCUUUAUAGCAAAAAGCCAGAGGACAACCACCAAACCAGCAAAAGAUGAGGAAAAGAUGGAAGACCAGAAAGAGAGUGAAGGGCAACCUGUAGUAUCGGCCCCACAAAAGAUCUCAUCAAAAUCUCCGGCGCAGCAAUUAGUAGAGAAAUCUGUCCCAGUGCCGUAUAAGGAACCCAAGUGGAGUGGUGUACCCGAUGCCAACUAUUCUUUUGAAAUCCUGAAGAAUGGUACCAUUGUGGAGACAAUAGCUCUUAACAAGCCCUUCUUUGUUAUUGGUCGCCUUGCACAGUGUGAUAUUACCAUGGAACAUCCAUCUAUAUCAAGAUUCCACUGCGUGAUUCAGUACAGAAGUGUGCCUGCCGAGGAAGCGCCGUGUGGGUUUUAUGCCUACGACCUGGGCAGCACUCACGGCUCAUUCCACAACAAGCACCAGAUGAAGCCGCACACGUACUACAGACUCCGAGUGGGCCACAUGAUCAAGCUCGGUGGGAGUACGAGGAUGAUGAUCUUGCAGGGUCCAGCAGAGGAUGAGGAACCUGAGAUGGAGCAGACGGUAACAGAACUGAAAGCAGCAGCAGCAAAGCGACUAGAGAAGCUCGAGAAACUGGAAAGUGGAGAGAUAGAAGAAGAGGAUAGAGAGAGAAAGAAAAGAGAGGCACUUCAGGGGAAAGAUGAGGAAAGUGGGGGCAUAGAUUGGGGAAUGGGUGAUGAUGCAGAGGAAGCAGAAGACGGAGAAAAUGAUGUGAAUCCCUUUGCUUCCCUCAACGAGGAACUGUACUUGGAUGAUCCUAAGAAGACCCUCAGAGGCUGGUAUGAACGGGAAGGGUAUGACCUUCCAGAAUAUGAAACAGAUGACAUCAGCCCCGGAUAUUACAGAUGUAAACUGGAGUUACCUGUUCCGGGGCCGGGAGGAGCACCCAUGGUGGCAGUUGCAGAACACCGAGGAAAGAAGAAGGAAGUUGUGGUGCAGUGUGCUUUGGAGGCAUGCAGACUUCUGGAUAGGAUUGGUAUUUUGAGACAAGCUAAACAUGAGAGCCAUGAGCGCAAGAGGCGAGACUGGGCGGAAAAUGACUAUUACGACUCUGACGAGGACAACUUCCUAGACCGGACGGGCGAUGUGGAGCGGAAGCGGCUGAAGCGGAUGAAACACGACGGCGGAAAGGAGGGUGGAUCAGCCGAGACUUACGACUCCUUGCUCACAAAAUACAAUGGAGUAAUAGAUGAGCUCUCAUCGCUGGAGGAGAAACUGGACGAAGCUGAACGCCUGAAGCAGGAGGCAGACGCAGAAGAGGAGGAUGACCUUGAUUCCUUCAUGCAGAAACUAAAGACACAGGUGCCCGACAAACACAAGAGAGUCACAUGGAAGCUACGAGCCAUUGAAUUAAGAAAAGAGGAGCUGAGACUGAGAAGACUGACAAAUGUUGCAAGGCCACUUGGGGUUCCAGAAAUAAAGCCUUAUAUCUCAAAGCUCGGGGAUCAAAGUAACAGUCAAAAGGCACCAACUGAUGCUCUGAGAAAAAAACAAAUGAUGUUGAAAAAAGCUGCCUUCUUCACAAAACCACAGCCUAAAGAACCAACCUUCCAAGUGCACAAGGCUUUCCUGGAAGAAGAGCCAGAAAAGAAGCUGAAACUGAAGAGAUUAGAUGACGAUGAUGAUGAGCCACCUCCACCUCCUCGACCGAUGUCCAAACCGAAGCCCAAAGUUGCCAGGCCGCCCAGGGAAGACAUUAGAGCCCCUGAAAUACCAAGAACUAAUGUAACCAUAAAACAGGAAGAAAAAUUGCCAGUGCCCUCUACAGAACCUGUUACUGACCACAGUGAAAAUGGAAAAUUUGUAGUACCACAGACUGAAAGUGUUAGGGGCUGCAUGUUGCCACCUCCUGCAAAAGGGCCACAGGUACCAAAGUCAAGUGAAAGUAAGGCUAGCCAAGAUGUUAGUGUCAGUGAAAGUGAAAGGAUAACUGACACAGCCAAGAGUGAUUCCAGCGAGUCAGAGAAAAACCUUCCACUCCAGGAUUCAAAGGGUAAAAUUGCAACACAGAGCAACAUGAAAGGGGACACUCCUCCCGAGAAGAAGCAGAGAACAAUGGGUCCCACUUUGCCUCCCACUUUGGAGCUUGUGAGAGCUGCUCAGCAGGAGCCCAAAAAGCCUAAGAAAAAACGUGAAAGGAAAUACCCAAAGUUCGAUGAAGAUACUCCACACUAUGACAAUUGGGUCCCUCCAGCUCGGCAAACAGGUGAUGGCCGCACAAGCCUUAAUGACAAGCUUGGAUACUAAUGAAAAAAGGACUUUGAAUCUCUUCUGUGAAUAGUACAAGGACUAUUUAGAGAUGGUGGAUUCGGUGAUAUGAUAUAGUUUACUUAUAGUAUGAGGUGCUAAUGCAGAAAUAUGGAAAAUUUGGAAGCAAGUUAGUGUAAGAUGAUAAAGCAAAUAGCUACUUGGAAAAAUAUUCAAACUGUUAACUGCCUGGUAUGUGCAGUUUUGUUUUAUUGUUACUAUUUUCUUUGUUUUCACUUUAUGUUUUACCAGUUUUAAGGGAUUGACAAGUGGAUGUAAUUCUUGUGCAUAAUUUUGUUUCCUUUUAAUAAAUGAUUAAGGUUUAGCCGUCAUUAUACCAUGUGAUAAUGUGAAAUAAGGUAAUUGCAGAUGAAAGUGUCAACAUGCUUUCUAUUUUUGCUGUCACAAUGUAAUGCUGUGUAUCAAUUAAUUUUCUCCAGAAAGGCUUUUAAACGUAUAUUUUUGUGGGAGGGAAGAAAUGCGGGCAGGAGAUGCAUUGCUAAUAAUAAUAGCAAUACACUUAUAUAUGUUGUAUUAAAAAAAAUUCUGUCACCCAGUCCAUUGUGUAGUAAAUAAUAAAAGAUAUUUUCUAAAAAAA